UUACGUUCGAGUGACGCUAUUUGGAAGUUUUAAAUCUAUGGACCAGAGUUUUCCUCUGACGCGCGUGGGAACUUCACGUUAACUUCGGUUACUCGAAGGAAACUUUACACUGAAAUAAAUACUUUUAACAGUUUUUUCUCUGACGAAUACAGCGACUAUAUACGCACAUUUUUGUGAUUUUUGAGGGAAUUUCGUGUGGACGUGGAAGUGGACUAUUUUCGCGGAGAACCUUCUUUUAACCGUUCCCUUUUCCUUUCCUAGUUAGCAAACGUAAGCUAGCUAGCGGCGAAGAAUGCCAUUAUAUAGUCAUCUCAGUACGUUUUAAGAGUGCUGUGUUUGUCAGUUAUAACAACAAUGCUUUCAGAAGAGAGAAGCAGCCACUCAAAUAAGCAAACCCUUAACUUCCCUGUGGGUUUACUCAUCCGCUCUCCCAAGAGGCGACUGGCCAAACUGGGGAGGAAACCCAGCAAUGGGUCUGUCCAGUCAAACAAAUCGGACAGCACUGUACACUCCACAGAAAGUGUGGGUGUCCGGCAGCCAGCCAAAAGCAAAAUCCGCCGCCACAACAACAGACUUUCAACAGUUUUCAACUACAGCCCAAACCUGCGUGACACAGGGCGUCGGGGCCAGGCUUUAGGCAGUGGAGACCUACAAACUGCAGAUGAUCCAGCAGAGUUGUCCAGCCAAAUGUCUGUCCCUGGUGUCCUGAAGAUUUUCGGCAAUGACAUCUGUCAAGGAACAAACUACAAAAGUGUGCUGGCAACCACACAGUCCAGUGCAAAGGAGCUGGUGAAAGAGGCAUUAGAGAGGUACUGCCUGGAGAAAGAAGAUCCAAAUGACUAUGUGCUCUGCGAUGUGAUUGGCCAGACAGGAGCUGAUAACCAGUGGAAGAGAGAAUGUUUUCGUGUUGUGGGAGAUAACGAGAAACCUCUCAUGCUGCAAUCACUUUGGAAACCCAAGGAAGGCUUCUCCAGACGCUUUGAAAUUCAGCUAAGAGCAAAUAUAGAAGAGCAAAGUUUAAAAGACAGAGACACAAUCACAGCAGGUAUCAAUGCUCAGGCUCGUAAGCUGCAGAAGGGCCGCUCCAGAGUCACCUCUCUGUUUGUGGAUGGCAGCGGCGAGGAUGCGGAUGGACUUGGGAUCUGGAGGAGCUUAAGCGAGAUGGAUCUGUCUGCAAUGGAGAAGGAGGCCAGUCGAGCCCAGCACACCAUGCUUAGAGAGGACCCAGACGCAGAAGCUGACAAGGAAGUGCUGCAAAUUGGCACGGAGAAGGAGGAGACAGAGAGCAGUGAUGACAACACCACACAGUAUUCCAUUCAUCCACCUUUUGAAUUUCCAUACUUCCUCUUGCUGCAGGGCUACAGCCAUAGGCAGGAUUUUGUUAUUUACUUGUUGAGCGGGACCACCACCAUCCUUGGGUGCUGUAAGGAACACUGUAAUGGAGAAGAUGAGGAGAGAUUAAAGGUUGACGUCCUUCUCUUUGCUCCUGAUGUGUUGCCUCAACACUGCUGUGUCAGACGGCUUGACUCAAACAACCCCACAUCCACAGGGGAGCACAGGAAGACACAGACAAUGCUGAAGCCCCUACAUGGUGCUCCUGUGACUAGAAAUGGUUCUUUCCUCAAAGGUGAGGUAGAACUGAACCCAGGGGACUUAGUGGGUUUGGGUAAACACUACUUGUUCCUGUUUAAGGAUCCUACUAGCACAUCAGCAUCCCUACAGACCCCACUGUGGAUGACCAGAAUCUGCCCAAAUGUGGAUUUAAAGGCAACACCUGCGUGUUCAUCUUGUGGUUCUUCAAUUGCCACAAAAAGGUUCCUGAGGAAGACUGUCCCACCUCGUUGGAGGGACCUGGAAGGCACAGAGGCUUCGAUAAACUAUGGUCUGGAGCAAGAGGAAAAAGUCCUGCAGAAAAUUUUAAACAUGCUUGAUCCGUGUGGAAAUGAACCAAAACUCACACCUGCCUUCUUGCUGAGCCUUUGUAUCCAGCACUCAGCCUCCACAUUCGAGCUGACACACUUAAGACAACUACUGCUAAGAAUAGCCAGCAAAAUCCAGCUUAUUAUGUGGGAGAAGACAAAGGAGCUUGCAACAAUUCAGCCAGAAAUGAGCUCCACUAAUGGGCAGCCUGAUCAUCUUCAGCUGCUCAGCAUGGAGGAACUGAUCCCAGGUCUGCAGCCUUUGCUGCUAUGGAUGUCCAACUCCAUUGAACUGCUGCACUUUAUCCAGCAUGAAGUCCCUGAGUUACUACCCUGGAGGCCGGAACAGGAGGACGAAGGUCUUUUGGACUCUGAGAUAUCCUCUACUAGAACAGCCUGUGAGGAAGCCAUGACAGUCCUAGAGGAAGUGAUCAUGUUCACCUUUCAGCAGUCUGUCUACUAUCUAACAAAGAGUAUGUAUUCAGCUCUCCCUGGUCUGCUGGAUGGAAACCCAUUCACAGAGAGUGGUCACCUUCGGGUACCUGAUGGACUCGGUGGUAUCCUUGAGGUGCUGAAGGAGGCGUUGAUGCUUCUCACGGCCUUCCAGGUGCAUCCUGACAUCUCAUUACAACUCUGUGCGUAUCUGUUCUUCUUCAUCAAUGCGUCACUGUUCAACGCACUCAUGGAGAGAGGAUCCAUUUCUGGGUUCUACCAGUGGUCCAGAGGGGUUCAGAUCCGGGCCAACCUGGACCUGCUGAUGGACUGGGUCCAGAGUGCCGGUCUGGGGGAUUUGGCCACUGAGUUUUUCCAGAAACUGUCUACUGCUGUCAACCUGCUGGCCACACCUAGAGAAACCCUCCUGCAGUCAUCCUGGGCUUCUCUGAGAACCGAGUUUGCAGCCUUGAACCCUGCUCAGCUUCACCACAUGCUGAGGGAAUAUAGCUCGGGUAAAGCCUGUCCCACUGGAUGGACCCCAACACAGAAUGACGCUAUAGGCGCUGUCAAGACAACUGACAUCCUGGAGAACUUUGACAACCACCCGCCACUCAUCCUGCCCAGCAGCACUUUUCACUUGGAGCUGAGUAAUCCUUCCAUCGAGCCAGCUCUGUUUGAACAACUUAGUCGACUGCAGGAGUUCAUUCGCCAUCUCCCUCACAAUAAAACCCAAGCUGAUGCUGACAGGGAAGAACAGGCCCUCAAUGGGAUGACUACAGACAGCCAGUCUGCAACCUCACCCUCAUUACAACAUCAGGAGGUCUCUGAGCCAGUUACCUGCCCCUCUUCUGAGACAGAGAUGAAGUGUUCCCCCCUUCAAGAGCCUGCUCCUGCCCGAGGAUCUCAUGGUGACCUUAGCAGCUGUGAGGAGGUCUUGGCCCAGAAACUGAAAAACUUGGAGCUACAAAACACCCUUCCAGGACAGGCUGACAUGGGCUACCACAAAAGCCUGGCCUUGGACCCAUCCUGUCUGCUCACACCUCCCAACACCCCUCAGGGCAUGGAGCUUGCUGACCUAGAGGCUGACCUGCAGGAGGGAGCGUGCCACCAAAGGAAAGUCAGUGGAUGUCCUCAGCGGAUGACAGAAAAUGUGGAAGGUGGCAGAGAGGAAGUGUUCACAGUGGAGCUUAAAAAAGGCCCUCACGGCCUCGGACUGGCUCUCGUAGAUGGAACAAAAACACCACUGGGAAUGAGUGGGAUUUAUGUCAAGUCCGUGGUUCCGGACUCUCCCGCUGCCCAGUGUCAGAAACUGAAGACGGGCGAUCGCAUCCUGGCUGUUAACGGCAUCAGCCUGGUUGGUAUGGAGUAUAACAUCGGUAGAGAGCUUAUUAGAUCUUCUGGAGACUUUCUCCGACUUCUGGUUGCCAAGAUGGACUCAAAAACCAUCAAAAGGGAACAGCAACACUCUAAAUAAAAGCAGCAAGUGGACAAUCAAGAGCAAAGUGGGAAAACUGGAGGACAUGGCUGCAUCCGGUGUGAUUAUAUCACAGGGGAUGGAUUCUUUGACCAAAGGAACACACUGUAGAGCUGUUCAAUCAGACAAUCAAUCAGAAUUUUGUUGGCAGACGAGUAGAAAAUACAAGUUUAUAAAUGCUUAUUCUGCUCUCCCAGCUUCUUUCUGGCCCAUAAACAAACUGAUGGUUUCUGCUCCGUGUUCAUAAACCAUGAGGUUUUGGUGGUGAGGAAAAUAGUCGCCUGCUGCAAUUGGCAGUUGCAGAAAAAUGUCUGUUUGUAUGUUUGAAGAGCAACUAUUCUGUCUAAAGAGCAUCAACAAGCUGCUUUAAAGUCAUUCAUCUCCUGCAUCUGCUGGAAAUAUGUUGAAAUGCUUUUUAAACUUGGAGCUUUUGUAGCUAUUCUGAAAACUGUGACACAGGUUACUCCAUCUUGCCCAGUUGUUUGGCAGUCAUCAGGCUUCAGGGUUGCAAAAUUUAAGUUAAUUUAAUCUUGUUUUUAGAAAGAAUGUGGUCUGGAAUGUGUUCACCUCAUUGGUUAGAAAACUAAAUAUAAAUUUUAAAUAGCCCCCUGAAGGUUUUCUGGAAAUGAGAGACAUGUAAAAUAAAUGUGCUGCAGUUAUUUUGUUAUUCUUACAUUAGUUUAUGUAGAAAAACAAAAAUGCUUCAGCAUUUAUUAUGAACUGUCCAGUUCUGCUAAACUAAAUGCUGGUUUUAUAUUUAGCACAUAGACAUGAAAGUAAUAUUCUUUUACUUUUCAUGCCACAAAUUGUUUAAAAAUGUUCGUUUAAAGCCUUAGUGUCAGUGAGUUCUGUUGUUUUUCACUUGUUCUAAAACUUCUUAAAUGUACUGAUUUGGAAGCAUAUAAACAAUCUAACAGUGUUAAAGUUCAAGUAUUAAAAGUAUUCAAUUUUGUAAUAUUUAUAUUGCACGUUUUUUUUUAACCUAUGGAAUAAAAACUGUUUUGACUUUGA